AUUACACAGCUGUGGAGAUGAACAAUCAAGCGAAAAACUACCCAGAACCAAGUCUGGCUAAGUACACCAGGAAACAGCAACAGCAAAUGAGAGGGUUACCAUCACCUCGAGAGAAGUUUAUUGCUGUGAUCCUGGGAAUCAUCUGUUUUGUCUUGAUGUAUACUCUAGUGAGAGUGAUAACUUUUAUUCCAUCUGCUCUAAUACAGGAACAGAAUAACUCCUCUCGGAUAACAAGGCUCCAGAAAGAAGGCCAUUGUGGUUGUUGUCCAAAAGACUGGUUUACAUAUUCCAACAACUGCUAUUAUACCACUUUUGAAGAAAAAACGUGGAAUGGGAGUUUGACAGCCUGUGCUUCUAGGAACUCUACUCUGCUUUAUAUAGAUGAUGAAGAGGAACUGAAAUUUCUGAAGUCCCUGUCAAUUGUGUCAUGGAUUCCAGUCUUUCGUGAAGGCCGUGGUCAUCCGUGGAUGUGGCAAAAUGGUUCAACUUGCAAACUACAAAUAUCAGACUUUUUACCUGAGAAAGGAAACUGUGCAGUGCUAUCCUGGGGGGACAUAAAGUCAGAUGAAUUCCCACUUAAGUAUGCUUGCAAGCACAAGCUUGAGAAUUAA